AUGUCUGGAAAACUGAUUAUGAAACGCAAACGUGCGGAGCGGCAGCAAGAGUUGGCCAAUGAGUCGACAGCGGAGAAGAGACAUCGCUUGGAACUGGAGGCGAGAUCGGAUACACCGCCGGAGGAGUCGAAUAGUAGUAACAGUCCAUCCAUAAUCCAAAAUGCAGCUGCUGCACCCAAUAGCAUUUUACUCGAGGCACUGCAAAAGAUUAUGGAACUGCAGUCCGAGCUGGAUUCAUUCGAGCACGAUCUGGAUGAGCGUGAGGCCAGUGAGCUCAAUAGCGAUGACGAAGAUGAAGUCGAUCUGAAUGCCGAAGUGGCAGCUGUUAACUUCUCACCCAAUCCUCGGCCACCUUCAACGCCUGGUCGACGCACUGAGGCAGAGGCAUUGGGAUUCGCAAUGUGCGCCAGGGAAACAUUGCUCUUCCUGCAGAGCGAAGGCAUCUCCACCGAAUCCGUGCUGUACAAGGCGCUGCUGGGCAAGCUAGUUGGCCAAAGCGAUGGACUGCUGCAGGCCUAA